CCGACAACCGGAAGUAAUCAUUAAUCUCCAAACCGAAAGUGACCGGCAUGAGAAAAUCUUUUAACAACGAGAUGGACAAAAAUGAAUAAUUUUAAGCCCUUUUAUCUUAUCCUUUUAUUGUUAUCGUCUGUGAUAUUGUUAUAUUUAAGUUUUAAAAGUAUUGUUUUACUCACAGUUUUAGCAGUUGCUGUCAUAUGGGGCUCGAAUGUCGUAAACGGCUCCUGGAAAAAUACAAACACUCAAAAAUUAACAGCAUUUAAAUUGAAAAAGCCAAAGCCAUUCUCACAUGAAAAGAAAACCAAAAUAAAAUUAAGCAACAAGAAGAACAGUUACGAUCCAUCAUUCAAACAGUUUUUUAAUGCAAACAGUGAAGCAGAAAUGCCAUCCACAGUCAAACUGACACCAGGCCCAAAUCGACAAAAAACAUCAAUUAACAGAAAUCAAACUUUUUCAUCAACGUCUCCAUAUCUCAGGACAUCAUUGCUAAACAGUUCAUGCUCCUUUCUAGAGCGCUCUGAUGGAAACUUGUCCAUGUCAACAGCAAAUGGACAUUCAAGAUCUCCUGCACCAUUUUUACCAUCGAUCAAAAGAGCACUUGGGGUAUCAGAAUACUCACCAAGACAGGAAAAUUCAGUUGUUCCUCCAUCUUAUCAAAACUAUCCUUCACAAGCAUCACCAGGAUUCGUUCCAGCAGUUAGACUUAUAAAGCGAGAAAGGUCACAUUUAGGUCACCAGAAAUCACCAUCAGUUAGGAGUUCCAAUGUAGUGAGGAUUGCUCCACCAGAGCCACAUAAAUUGUCAAGUCCAAGAUUAUUUCAUAUACAAACAAGUAGUACUGAUUCAAGGAGGACACCUGACACUCAAGCUGUUAUACAAGCUUUAAAAGAAAAAAGUUUGAAGAGAAGUUAUGGCAGAUAUGACCUUGACCUUGAUACCUCCUACACAGAUUACCCAGUACAGAAGGCCAAGAGAAGACGACAAGACAGUCAACAAUCAAACUCCUCAACUUCCUCUUUGCCACCAUUGCCUGAUAGUCUGCCUGACCUGUCCUCGUCAGGUUAUACAAUACCUCGCCUAGAAACACCAACGUUAAAGAGGUCAGCUCUCAUUGACGACUGGGAUGAUUCCUGUAGUGCUAAAAAGUUAAGAAAAGAUGGACGUGUUAAUUCUAUACUCAGUUCCUUAAGUUCUAGUCAGAGGGUAGCAGAAAAGGAAGUUCAAGUUAAAAGAAAAGUAUCAACAAAUGGCAAAGAAAAUAGUCCGUCUAUAUCCAAACUGGCAAAGAAAGACACAACAGAAAAAGUAUCACUAGACAGAUCUGACACAGUUAUAAUAUCAACUACAGAAGGUGCUGAGGACACACCCUCUAAAGAAACAGAUACACCUAUCAAGGACACAUCACUCGAUUCUUCUGUGACUGUAGAUAAACCAAAGAUGGUAACACUCAACCAAAGCUUCUCAGCCAGAAAAAGGCAGACAUCUUUAUACUCAGGGCUCAAUAAAAGUUUCCAGAAGGUUCCACAUGCUAAUGUUAUAGCUAGUAUGGAAGACUAUGAAAAUGAUAUGGGUGCUGAAAAGAAGAGAGUUCAAGACAUGCUAGAAGGAAUCCAUCAGGCUGAGACGGAGAAAGAAAAGGAAAAAGAGGCAAGCAAAAAUCCAACGGCAUUUGGAACAUCAGUAAAAGCAAGUGAAACAGUACCUACAAUUGCACAGGUUUCAGGGUUUCAGACAUCUUCUUUAGUAACAACAGCAACCUCUACUGUAUCUUCUGCUGGUUUGUCCUUGACCUCUACUGGAUCCGUACCAUCAUCUACUUCUACAAGCACUGUAACAACGUCUGCAGCAUCCAUGAUGUUUAAAUUUGCUACUGUUAAAAGUUCUAGUCCACUCAAAACAACAACACAAGGUGGUCUUAUGUCAGGUUCAUCGCCUAUUGGAGGAAUUAAUAGUAGUGCCGGAGGAAAUACUACUACAGUUACUUCAGCAGGGAUGGCUCUUUCUACUGGAUUCUCUGUUUCUGCAGUAUCUGCAAGUGGUGCUUCUAAAACAGCAGUACCUCCUUUUGGAUUGAGUACAGCACCAGGAACAAGUGCACCGUCAGGAUUAAAUUUUGGAACAACUGUUACUCCAGCUUCUUCUACAUCGAUACAAUCUGGAUUUAAUUUUGGAUCUCAGCCAGCUGGGUUGUCUUCUGUUCCAGGUUUUGGAGCCACAUCUACGGCCACUCCUACUGUGACGACAACAGCACCACCAUCCUACGGUUUCAAUACAAAUGUAACCACUGCUCCUUUGGCUACACCAGCACCAUCAGGUUUUAAUUUUGGUUCUGCCACCUCUGCUCCUGGUGCUCCUGGAAGUGGACAGACAGCCUCAGUAUUUGGAACACAACAAGGUGCUCCAGCUUUUGGAGCCCAAACUCAGGCAUCACAACCAUUUGGAUCUCAGCCCCCGCCUGCAUAUGGAUCAUCAACACCUUCAUUUGGUGCUGCACAGCCUCAAUCCACAGCGGCUUCAUUUGGUAUGCAGCCAUCUACUAAUGCCACAACUACCACAAAUUCUACCGGCACUAACCCAACAGCUUCAACAUUCAACUUUAAACCGUUUAAUAAUCAAACACCUGCUCAGCAGCCAACAACACAGCCUGCCAUGUUUGGAAGUCAGCCUAGUGCAGGUAUUUCAUCCUUUGGGUCGGCAGGAUCUACUGCUACAACAACUCCAGGAUUUGGAGGCACACCAUCCUCGUUUGGGCAAGCUACUUCUACUGCUCCCUCAGGAGGAGGAUUUAACUUUGGAGCAAGCACUCCAUCUUUUGGAAGUCAAGGAACGUCUGGUUUUGGUCAAACCAGUGCUUCUAGUGCUAAACAAUUUGGGACAGCAGGAUUUGGAGCUGCAUCAACACAGUCUGGAUUCUCUGCCACCACUGCAAGCACCACAUUUGGUCAGGGAACAUCAAAUAUGUUUGGCACAACUACCACAACAGCAAGUUCAUUUGGUCAAGGGUCAUCUAGCUUUGGGACAACUUCAUCCGUCAGUGGAUUCGGGACCGCUGGACCAUUUGGACAAAGUUCUGUACCAAAAUCAACAAGUAGUGCCUCAUUUGGACCAUCAGGAACCACGUUUGGACAAGGGAGUACAACAUCAGGACCAACCUUUGGUCAAGGGAGCACAAUAUCAGGAGCAACCUUUGGUCAAGGGAGUACAACAUCAGGACCAACAUUUGGUCAAGGGAGUACAACAGCAGGACCAACAUUUGGUCAAGGAAAUACGUCAUUUGGAACUACUACUAAAACUACAGCCAGUGGUUUCGGAGGUACUUCAGGAUUCUCAUUUGGCCAAGCCUCCAAUACUUUUGGCACUGCUAGUACACAGGCAAGUGGUUCUGGAAACUUUGCUUUUGGAACACCAGCAAAAACAACUCAGCCAGCUGCUAAUUCAGCCUAUAAUUUUGCCUCGUCUAGUGGAGUGCCCUCUACUCCAAACAAUAAACCUGGUGGAGGAUUUGAUUUCUCAGCCUCAACAACUCCAUCAAACCAAGGAGGAGGAGGAGGAGGUUAUAAUUUCAGUGCCAAUGCAAGCUUCGUAACUCCAACAGGAAUGGCAACACCUGUCUUUGGAACACCCACUGGAGGAGGUACACCUAACAUGUUUAGUGUAGGGGGUACAGGAAGUAUACCAAAGCCAAGAGUAGCUCGAAGGGGGAGGAGACCUGUGCGUGGACGUUGAUCUCAACAAAACUAGUGAUAUUACCUAUAGGUCUUCAUGGUGAACUAUAGUUUUAAAAAAGACUUAGGAGAAACAUGGUAACUCAAAUAAUCAAAGAGAUAUAUGUCCUAGAUAAAGUGACAGUUGAGAGAAGUAACAAUUGUUUUAACAGGAGAUUGACAUUAAUAAUCAUGUAUAAGAUUACAGUGUACAUGGACAAUUGGCCAAAGUCUUUCUUCAGAUCUGUUAAAAUUGUCUGAAUGUCUCACAUAUAUCAGGUUGUCUAUGCUAUGCUUUUCGUUAAUGAUGAAUAGAAACUUGCAUUGUCCAGGAGAAAAAUCUUUAUUGCUCAAAGACCUAUUCAAGUUAGCUUAUUGUAAGAAAGUCAAAUUGAUGACUUAUUCAGACUUUGCAGAUCUAGAGAUAUGGUAGAAAGGGCUAUUGAUCAAAUUUUGUUAUACAUGUAUGCAUUUAUACAGAAGGACACAUUAAAGACUAAUUUCUUUGUCUCAGAAAUAUUUUAGUUUUGAAGUUAUUCAGAAUGAUUAAAUAUUCCUCAAAAGCAUGUGUAUAAUAAAAAUAUUUUGAUUUCUGUUUGGCUGAAAACAGAAGAAAAUAUCUUACUACACCUAGAGACGAACUACAAUAUGUUAAUGGUUUUUAAUUUGAAUUUCAUUUUCUUGUUAAAAAGGAAUCUGAUGUAAUUUUUGUUCCUGUGCAAUUAUUACAUAACUUUUGUUAGGUACAUGACAUGCCUUAUUGGCAAUCAUAUCACAUUUAUUUUUUGGUACUAGUGCCUUCCCUAAUUUCAAUAUUAGGGAAUUUUGUGUUGAAUAUUUAUUUAUUGUGAACUUUAAAAUGUAUGGUAUUAAAUGAUAUGUUGCAUUUGUACUUAUUAAUUUGUUGUCACACAGAAGAAUAGUGUUCAGACAUUAUAAUUGUUGCCAUUUUUUGUGCUACAAAAAUUGAGGAUAAUGAUUUUUUUUUAUUGGUGCUCUUAAAUUAUGUGAAUUUGGCAAUUAAGAGUUUGACUUGAGGUAUUUACACUUGUUGUUUAAUGAAGAUUGCAUGGUGACCUAUAGAUAUGUAAUUUUGUACUCUGAUAUUGCUGUCUCAGUAACAAACACAUUGUGAGAGCUUAAGUUAAUUUUCCUUUGGUUUAAGAUGUAUGCUAUAAAAAAGGGUAAUUUUAUAAAUAGCAUUGAAUGAAAUGCAAGGAAAAAAUGUAUGAAAAGAGCUGUACUUUCAUUGAAAUUUUAUAUAGUAAAUGAUAUUAAGGAUCAUUAAUAAACAAUGGAAACAUCUUUAACAAUAUUAUGUUAUCAUGGUAUAUUUUAUUUUUACAUCAGGAAGUUUUUGUACAAGUACUUGACAAAAAAAAUAUUUUGUAGUUAAUAAAUACAAUCAUGAUUAAAUAAAAUAAAGCUGUUAUUA